AUGAAUACCAAUACCAAAAGGCUCUCUGCCAUGAUCGACUCUCUUCACGAUCCGAAGGAUGACGAUCUGCUUUAUGUCCAGAGAUCCACACCUGUAGUGCAGAACACGAUAAAGGACCUAGCGCAUGAUGAUCAAUCAUCUAUGCAUAGCAUGUCACGGCCCCGUACUGCCAACCAAAAUGGCAUCUCUGAAAGAGCUUUUGGAAGCCCAAAUUUCAAGUUUGGCAGUCCUGGGAACCGGGAAAGCCUUAUCUCAGACUACUCUGCUAGCAUCCACGAAGGGGUUCCUGUGUAUUUGAACUCGAAGCCCAGUAGCCCAGCAGACGAACGACCUGUCAUCUACUCUGCCGUCAACUUCCCACUCUCAGAAGAGACUGUGAACCAGGGUCAGGAAACGCAAGCUAGUGAACCCACCAAGACAAGCAGUGGUAUACCAAGAGCUCAAGAGUCGGCUGCUAAUCUCAACAUUAUGAACAAUACCACUGCCAAACCAGCGGGGUUUUUGAAACUCUCGGCUCCGCAACAAUUUCAUCACAAGAAGAGCUCAACCGUUGGAUCCGGAAAUCUAGCCAGCGAAAGCGGACACUCCCAUAAUAUCUCUGAAAGUGGUAGCUCUCCGAAGUUCAGCAGGCAUGACCAAUACUCAGCAAGCUACAACCACGACUAUGAAGAACCUAGAGUCAUCGAGCAGGAAUCACUCAAGACCGACCAUCUUUUCUCGGAGAAUAGCAACUCCAAUGAGCCUCAAGAGAGAUCACUCGAUCGCUCGUGGACCACAAAUUCGGUUCGCAGCACACUCCAAGACGGCAGUGAUACUCAGUCUCUGGCAUCUAGUAUAGUACCCUCUCUACGAACCAACCUCCCGGCGGACCGUGCACAAGUUAUACUUCCAGACCGUUCUCUGAACUCCGACUACAAUCCGUCAAUACCUCCUAGAAGCCGUAACCGGCCCAUAUCUUACCAAUCAAUCAAAAACGGACUAGAAGACAUCCAGAACCAGUUACAAGAGCAGAUGGUGCUCGACAAGUCUCGAAGCACCUCUCAGGCAAGUACCAAUAAGUCCAGCAGCUACUUCUCUGCUGUGGACCCAGCUAAUGAAUUCAAUAUGGAUCACGACGAAGAAGACGAGGAAGAAAAUCUUGGCAAAGUAGAUGACGACAGCUACCUUCGCAGACCUCUACCAAUCGUGCCGGCGAAUAAAAACUCAGGCCUCCCCAAUGGCUCCAUAGACCGGGAUCAAACAAUUCUGCUGUCUCCUGCACGGCAACAAGAAGAAUCACAGCCACCGCGCAUGCCCAGUUUCCCCACAUCUCUCUCGAGGGCACGAGAAACUGGAAUCUCUGGUGACGUCGAUCAAAAAUCGAACUCUUUCAAAUGUCCCAAGAACAAUCAGAUAGAAGACGAAAACGAUGAUGACUUCGAGGAUAUUUUAGAUGACAGCUUUGUUAAAUCUGACACACCUAGCGCUUCCACAGGCGCAAAGCCCAAGAAAAAACGGAAUGACGCCAUGAAUGAUCAGAAAGCGAACGCGCAUGAGAGUCGACGCGGAAAACGCAAGAGUCGGGGUGGCAAGCGCGAAAUGCGUUCGUUUGACAUCGAUACGAUUGCACAAAUGCUCGACGUCACCAAGGGAACGCUGAUAGGCUCCGAAUUUGCCAAUCUUGGCAUGCAGACAGAAGAAAAGAGGGCAUUGGAAAGACUUGUUGAUUCUUUGUCGAGACUUACAGCUGACAUGGUUGUUGACCCCAGGCGCUUCCAGGAGGGAAUGAAAAGGCUUGAUAAAGCAACUAGAGCGCUGGAGGGAUUUUAA